AGCACAGCGGAAAUUAAGAUGGCGGCCCUGGCGACUGGUGGGCCGGUGCGGAGCGAAGGGGUUCCUACGAGUUUCCAACGGAAAGGAGCUGCAGGCGGAGGCGGCCGCUUGGCCGUUCUGCCGGGCACCCGACCGUCGUUGCGACGCGGGCAGCUCCUGCUUUCCAGUGGGAUCCCUUCCCUGGACAGUGUUCUAGGUGGAGGUUUGGCAAUUGGAACGCUUCUUCUUAUAGAGGAAGAUGCAUAUGGUAUCUACUCCAAUCUAUUGUUCAAGCACUUCCUUGCAGAGGGAAUAGUUUGUGGACAUAAUUUAUUUAUAGCUUCAGCUAAAGAGGAGCCUGCUGACAUUUUAAAGGAACUUCCAUCCCCUUUCUUAAAUACUGUCAGUGCAAUGGAAGAAGCAACAGCUAUGAAAUGUAAGCAAGAUUCUCAGGAAUCCAUGAAAAUAGCUUGGCGUUACCAGAACAUACCCAAAUUGGAGGUGACUCAAAUGACCUCUUCAAAAUGUGGACACUAUUUUGAUCUGUCAAAACCUUUGGCUUCAGAACUAAGACAGAACAUUGGAUGGCAUGGUUUUUUCCUUCCUGAAGAAACAACUUUGUGCCAUGAUAUAAGCUCUUGUAAUAUGGCCUCUGGUUAUACCAGAUUGCUUCAUUCUAUUCAGAAGGUCAUUUAUCAGGAAGGAUUUGGUGGCUCCACUCCUCAGAAAAAGCAAAGAAAUAUUUUGAGGAUUGGAAUUCAGAAUCUUGGCUCAGUACUAUGGGAUGAUGAUAUUUGUUGCAAUGAAAACCCACAAAAUAUUUAUAGCCUCACAAGAUUUCUAUAUGCUCUUCGGGGCCUCCUUAGAACUUCUUUGUCUGCCUGCAUCAUCACCAUUCCAUCUCACCUCAUCCAGAAUAAAGCAAUUAUGGAACGUGUUACAAACUUGUCAGAUACGAUAGUAGGCCUUGAAUCAUUUAUGGGCUCUGAGAGAGAAACCAAUCCAUUAUACAAGGAUUACCAUGGUUUGAUUCAUAUACGUCAGAUUCCUUGGCUUAAUAGUUUGAUCUGUAAUGUAUCAGACACGAAGGACCUUGCUUUUAGAUUGAAAGGGAAGCUGUUCAUUAUUGAGCGAUUGCAUUUGCCUCCAGACUUGUCAGACACAGUGAGCCGCACAAGCAAACAGGAUCUGGCAGAAUCCACCAAAUUGCUGAGCUCAGGAUGUAGUGCUAUGGCCAUAGGCAAGAAGCACCUGGACUUCUAGUGAUUUCUACUUAGCAGUUUCACUUUGAUUUAUAUGGCACUCUAAUUAUGACUGUUAAUGACUUGUGUAAAUAUUUUUCUUAAUGAUUGUGACCCAGUAGUCCUUAAAAUGUUUAACUUGCAAACUGUGUGCCUUAUUUUCUCAUUCUGUUUUUUUGUGUAUGUUGGCAAAUGUUGUACAUUUAUCUGCAGCAGACAACUGUAUUCUAUAUUUAGAAGCAAUGGCCAUUUUGAAAAAUUACAGAAUGUUCUGUUGCCAUUAACUUCAUUGUUGUUGUUAAAAUAUUAGACAAUUACACAUUACAUACUUCAUAGAAUUAUUGCAAUGUAAAUUGUAAAACGGUGUUGUAAAUAAAUAAGUUCUCUAUCGUGUGUUGUUUUGAUGUCAAACAACCAUUGUUCUAGAAAAAGAAUUUUGUUGCUAUCAAAGAUCAUAGUUAAAUCAAAAUAUGACACAUUAUACACUAUGUAGCCAAUUAACUGAAUGUGUUAGAGUAUUUUCUACAUAUUUUAAUAUCAGUAAUUAAUCUAAUAGAGAAAAUAGUUUUCUUAUGGUAAAAGCACAUUACAGAUAAUUAGUUUGCCUUCUGGGUUAAUAAAUAUACUAACAUGCUCUUGAGUGAAUUUAUUUUAAAAAGAAAAAGAAUUGGUUCUUUAAUGUAGUUCAAAAUAGUAAUCCUAAACAACUGAAGUCAGCAUUAUAAAAUUAUGUCAACAGACAUUAUUCAAGACUGAAAUUCAAACUGACAGCUACAUUAAUGCUAGAAAACCAGGAGAGUGCAUUGGAGCUUAGGGAAGAGAUAUCACAGAAAUAAGUAUACAGUGCAUCCAAAAAUAAAACUAAUUCAGGAUUUCCUAGUAUUGUGUAUAUGCUAUUUGUAAAUGUAUGAAUAUUUCCCAUCUAGGUAAAAUACAUAAAUAUGUAUUGGCACCAUGAUUUGCAUAUGUGUAUAGAACUAAUGUACAAACAAGAUGGGUGGGUGGGCAUAUACCAGGAAAUGUUUUUCAGUGGGACCUGCAGUGACUUUGUUUUGGGUUUUGUAAGUUGUACUUUGAGGCAAUAAUAGCUCUAAUUAGAAAAUAAAUAAUAUUCCAUGGAACUUUCCAUUAAAUUCAUUUUUGAAUUAAAAAUUCAAUC